AAAUACGCCCUCACUCCCUCCUCCGCCACGUUCUCCCUUCCUUCUCCUUCACGUUUCAACAACCCCCUCACUCUCUCUCUCUCUCUCUUCUCUCCAAGCUUCUUCCUUUCCACACUCCGCAAGAAGGACAACCAUGCCUUCGGACGCCCGGCCGCAGGCCUCCGCCGCUGCAGCCGCCGGGGAGCUGGCCUGCACCCCCACCCGCCGCCGCAGACGGAGGCCCUGCCCUGCCCGCGCUGCGACUCCACCAACACCAAGUUCUGCUACUUCAACAACUACAACCUCUCCCAGCCCCGCCACUUCUGCAAGUCCUGCCGCCGCUACUGGACCCAGGGCGGCACCCUCCGCAACGUCCCCGUCGGCGGCGGCUCCCGCAAGGCGUCCUCCUCCUCCUCCUCGAAGCGGCCCCGCUCGCUGGCCCCGCCUACUUCUUCGUCUCCUUGCUCAAACUCCAAUUCCUCCUCCGUGUCCCAGGAGCCCCUGCACGGGGACCACUCGGGCCUGCUCCUGGCCCAGGUGAAGUCCGAGGUGGGCUCGGGCGAUCAGGUGAAGAGGACCGAGAAUGUGGCGGGACCCGGUGUCGGCUCCGGCCACCAGGGUUUCACUUCUCUGCUCGGCUCGCCGGGGGCCAGGGGUUUCUGGCUCUGGGCGGGCUGGGGCUCGGGACGGGGCUGGACGGCCUAGGGUUCGGGUUCGGGAGGGGGGUCUGGCCGUUCAACGAGGUCGGCUUCGUCGACGGCGGCGGCGUGUAUGGCGGCGGCGGCGGCGGGGGGCCCGUGGCGGCGGCGGGAGGCAACGCGUGGCAGAUGGGGAGCGGGGAAGGCGGAGGGCUGGUGGACGGCGACGGGUUCGCUUGGCCGGAGCUCGCGAUAUCGAUGCCGGGUCAGGGCCUGAAGUGAGUAGCGUGGCUCGUCAUUUUGCUGUGCUUUUCCCGUGUCGGGUUUGGGAGUUGGUGGGCGAGGGUCAAGAGUCGAGGGUGGCAUCAGGGUUUCCUUUUUCUUUUCUCUUUUCCGGGUGGGGGAUUUAGGUUGGGGAUAUAAGUAUUCACUGAAUAGGUUUUAAAUUACAGGUUACAUAGGAAGAUAUCGCGAUGACCACCGGAAUGAUAUGAUGGUUUAGCGUAGGUGAACGAUGUUCGGUCGGUCUUUUGUUUUCCACUCUGCGGUUUGGUCCAUGACUGCCCUGUGUAAAUCUCGAAUUUGGACAUCGAAAUUGAAGUUAAUGACUUGUUUUGGCUUGA